AUGUGCCAAGUCUUCAUCUACAAGCACGUCAAGUGCAAGUGCAUUUGGGGCGAGAUCGCCAUCCCCUGCGGCCCCGGCAUGGGCUACACGACAUGCGGACAAUUCGGCAGCGGCAUCGCCAAGAAGCCUCUGCGGCUCCAGAUGGCGGACAAGCGGCCGUGUCCGACACACGACCUGUACGGGCUGUAUGACCGCAACCAGGCGCGGGUGAUCAAGAAGAUCUCGCACGGUAUCAAGAUCGGGACGGGGCCGAGUAAGCAGGACGCCGGGAUCGAGGUCGCCUGCUGCGCUGUCAUGUGAAGGACGGUGGUUGACGGAUAUUAUUUGAGGCGAAAAUGCAAUGCAAGAGACGAAAGGAGGCACGUGGGAAGGGUCGAGGUGGUCUGGGGUGGGGUGGAGUUGCCAAGAUGGGUAAGUGAAGCUGGUGACUGGGGGGGAGGUUGAGGCGCAGAUGG